AUGAACCCUGAGAGGUACGAAGCGCUGAAGGAAGAGGUCGAUAAGUUAGUCAACAAUGGAUUUAUCCGGGAGGUGCAUUAUCCGCGUUGGGUAUCUAAUCCUGUCUUGGUAAUCAAACCCAACGGGAACUGGAGAACAUGCGUCGACUUCAGCGACCUCAACAAAGCUUGCCCAAAGGACGGCUUCCCACUCCCUCGAGUAGAUCAAAUGGUCGACGCCACGACGGGGCACGAAAUGCUAAGCUUCAUGGACGCUUACUCCAGAUACAAUCAAAUCCCCAUGCAUCCAGCCGACGAAGAGCACACGUAUUUCAUAACCGACAGGGGCCUCUACUGCUACAAAGUAAUGCCUUUCGGCCUAAAGAAUGCAGGGGCUACUUACCAAAGACUAGUGAAUAAAAUGUUCGCUCAACAGAUCGGUAAAACGAUGGAGGUCUACGUCGACGAUAUGCUCGUAAAAAGCGCCAGAGCCAGCCAUCACGUCAAUCAUUUGGGAGAAAUGUUCGGCAUAUUGAGAAAAUACCGCAUGAAACUUAAUCCCCAGAAAUGCGCCUUCGGAGUCGGGUCGGGAAAGUUUCUCGGAUUUAUGGUCAGUAAUCGCGGAAUUGAGGCCAACCCUGAGAAGAUCAAAGCUCUGCAAGAUAUGCGAUCACCAACAAAACCAAAAGAAGUGCAAAAAUUGACAGGUUGUGUCGCCGCCUUAAAUAGAUUCAUAUCAAAAGCCACUGACAAGUGUGUCCCCUUCUUCGACGCUUUGAGAGGAAACAAACACUUCGAAUGGACGCCACAGUGCGAUGAGGCCUUCCAAAAACUGAAGGAGCAUUUGGACAAACCCCCAAUUUUGUCAAAACCAAACGAUGACGAAGAGCUCAGCCUAUACCUCUCCGUGUCCCAACACGCCGUAAGCUCCGUACUAAUAAAGGAAGAAGGCAAGGUACAAUUGCCGAUCUACUAUGUGAGUAAAAGACUCCUCGACGCCGAGUCGAGAUAUAGCGAAAUGGAACGUUUAGCCCUCGCCUUAAUGAUAGCUUCGAGAAAGCUUCGGCAUUACUUCCAAUCCCACACGAUACGGGUUCUCACAAACCACCCGUUAAGACAGGUCUUACAAAAGCCGGAAACAUCCGGACGGCUCCUCAAAUGGUCGGUAGAACUGAGCCAGUUUGAUAUAAAAUACAUGCCGAGAAUCGCUAUUAAAGGUCAAGCGCUCGCCGACUUUCUGGCUGAAUUCUCUCAUAGGCCAACCUACACCCCAUCUGAAGAAACCGAGAUUGCAAGAUGGAAGCUUUACAUCCCGCGAGCCGAAAAUGCAAACGCAGAUGCACUGGCAAAGCUGGCCUCGUCAAAAGAUGCCGACACACUAGGCGUUGUCCCCAUUGAAGAAUUAGAACGACCAACCAUCGAGGAGCGUGCCGAGGCAUUUAGUGUCCCAGAGGGGGAAGAUUGGAUUACACCACUCAUACGGUACCUAAUGGACGCUCAGUUGCCGAAUAGCAAAAACGAGGCUCGACGGAUUAGGUAUAGAGCCGCCCGGUACUUAUUAUACGAUGGCCUGCUCUACCGACGAGGCUACUCAACACCUCUACAACGGUGCCUAGAUGACGCCGAAGCCCAGAAGGUCCUCCAAGAAAUACAUGAAGGGAUCUGUGGUAAUCAUUCCGGGGGACAAUCUUUAGCGCUAAAGGUUUUGAGGCAAGGAUACUACUGGCCCAAGCUAAAAAAGGAUGCUUUCCAGUACGCCCGACGAUACGAUAAAUGCCAAAGGUAUGCCACGAUUCCUAGGGCACCCCCGGAAAAGCUAACUUCCGUUCCCAGUCCAUGGCCCUUCACGAAGUGGGGGAUUGACCUGAUCGGGCCAUUACAUCCUGCACCCGGAGGGUUGAAAUUCGCGAUCGCUGCGGUAGACUAUUACACGAAGUGGGCAGAGGCCAAGGCCCUAACCACUACCACGGAAGCAGCCUGCACCAAAUUCAUGUGGGACCACAUCGUAUGCAGGUUUGGGGUUCCUCACUCAAUAGUAUCCGACAACGAAAAGCAAUUCGACAACGCCGCGACACGCAGAUUUUGUGACGGUUUGGGCAUCCGAAAAGACUUCUCAGCACCAAUCCAUCCACAGUCAAAUGGGCAAGUCGAGGCCAUCAAUAAAAUUCUCAAGCAUACCCUAAAGAAGAGACUCGAUGACCUAAAAGGGAGAUGGGCCGAGGAGCUUCCCAAGGUUUUAUAG